GCAGGAGCAGGGUCGUCCGCGUAGUCCCCCCCAUCGGAUUCUGUCUCACCCAUGUUUUUCCUCGCGCCCGGCUUUGCCCCUCUACCUCUUGCUCCUUUCUUGUUCCAAGCCGUUUUAGCCCAAGCCAUUUUAGCUCAAGCCGUUUUGGCCCGAGCCAUUUUAGCUCAAGCCAUUUUUCUGAGAACAAGUUUUGGCGCAAAUACUCGACUCGAUUAUCUCGAGUGUGGCUGGUGCCAUAGGCCCAAUCGUAACGGCAGUCAGUAAUGGCGGAAGUAAUGCCGGAUCGCAAAGGUUCCGCGACUGGCAUCAAGGAUGUGGAGCAACGAUACCCGAUCUCGUGGUCUGGGCUUAGUCAUACAGUCUCGUUGCGGGGUGGUAGGAGUAAGACAAUUGUGAGCAAUGUGUCUGGUCAUUGCGACCCAGGACAAAUGAUGGCCAUCAUGGGACCCUCGGGAUGCGGCAAGACAUCGUUGCUUGACCUCUUGGGCGGUCGUGUGGGCAGCGGCACCACCUCGGGCGAAAUUCUGAUCGGCUGCAAGCAGCACCCCGCUAACAUCCGCAAGAUCGUCAGUUACGUUACGCAGGAGGAUUCGCUCCUGACUUGCUUCACCGUGCGCGAGACGCUGCGAUACGCCUCGCGGCUCGCUGCGAUCCCCUCGAAGGCCAGAGAGGAGGCAAUCCAGCAGGUCAUCGUGCAGAUGGGACUGCUGGUUUGCGCCGACACCCGCGUCGGAGACCCGCUGAUCAAAGGCAUCUCGGGUGGCCAGAAGCGCCGUCUGAGCAUCGCCAUCGAACUGUUGCAUCGGUCCCCCAUCCUCUUGCUGGACGAGCCGACGUCGGGCCUGGACUCCACGGCCGCCAUGCAGGUGAUCGAGCAUUUGCGCGAUGUCGCGCAGAAGGGCCACACCGUUGUCAUGAGCAUUCACCAGGCGAGCUCCAGGGCAUACGGUCUCUUCGACUCGCUGUGCCUGCUGUCGAAGGGCCAACAGGUCUACUUCGGCCCCACGACCGACGUCGCCAUCGAGCACUUUGCCGCGCAGGGCCACGAGUGCCCGCGGUAUUCCAACCCUGCGGAGUUCUUCCUCGACGUCAUCAACACCGACUUCGGGGCAGAGAACGGCGGGGCGAGGCUGGAGGGCCUUGUCAGGGCCUUCGAGAAGUCCGAGCUGGCGAGCUCCAUGCGGGAGGCCCUGAGACAGCCAGAGAUCCCGCAGGAUGGCGGGAUCUCCAGGGAGAGCGCAGGCCCGUGCCGCCAGUUUGCCGUCCUGUUGCUGCGGAUGCUGCACAUGAACUGGAAGAAUCCGUACAUAUUCGGUGUGCGCCUGGCCAUGUACAUCGCGCUUGCGUUCAUGGUCGGAACCAUGUACUACGACGUGGGUGAGGUGGCCCGUGGAGGUGAGCCUGUUGCCGCUGCAGCCGCGGCCACCUCGCUCCUGGCUCUGCUGUUCUACGUGCAGGCAUUUCUCGUCUUCAUGUCCGUCGCGAUCCUCCCGUUCUUCCUCGAGAUUAGGGACGUCUUCCGGCGGGAGCGAGCCAACGGACAGAUCACCUGUCUGCCGUACGUGCUCGCCGACUUCCUCGCUGGACUCCCCGGCGUCACGCUCAUUGCUCUGAUCUCCACGAUGCUCGUCGUGUGGCUGGCGAAUCUCAAUGGCUUCGCCCAGUUCUUCGCGAACCUGCUGCUGUCUCUGAUCGUUGCCGAGUCCCUCAUGCACGUGAUCGGCGCCGCCCAGCCACACUACAUCAUCGGCAUGGCAUUCGGGGCGGGCCUCUUCGGCAUGUUCAUGCUCUGCGAGGGAUUCAUGGUCAAGCCCCAGGACAUCCCGGACGGCUGGGUCUGGGGUUAUUACCUCGCCUUCCACACUUACUCUUUCGAGUGGUUUGUGCACAACCAAUUCGACGAUGGGACGCUCGUCGGCGAGGCCGUCUUGAAGAGCUUCGAAAUGGAGGAUGUGGACCCGCUCCGGAACGCUCUCAUCCUGUCGGCGUACGCGGCCGUCUUCCAGGCGGCUUACUUCAUGGUCCUGAAAGUCUUCCACACAGGGAAGCGUUGAGGGCAGGUUUGCGGCAGCGAAGAGUCUAGCGUGGCGUGAAUGCUAGUCGUUGCAUACCGAUAUGGAAGUCGCGGGCACAACGGUCAAGAACAUCAAUCCGCCUUGCCCAUGGAUGGCCACCAAACCUGGCCUUUGUUUUGCGCGCGCAGCGAUUCUUUUACGAUGCUUGUUUUUGUGUGUGCUGUGGAAAUCAUGUGGAGCCUACCGCCGUUCUGUACAAUAUGCAGUUCGGCAGCUGCGAAGCACUACGUUGCGUGUGCGUGGAGCUCGCUUGGAGCUGGAGCGCAUCGCAGUCAUGCAAUCCACAGCAAGAAUCGCCCCCAGCCCCAAGAUGACACGCUUAGACGUAUCACGCUGGAUGUACAUGCUCUGUUUUGCAUUUAGGGUUCUAACUCCCAUAUGUGGAACAGUCGUUGCAUUCUGCCAUCCUGAAUUGCACGCCUGCUGUAAUUUGCAUCUGUCGCAAAGCCCGUUGUAACAAUGUCCAUCGCUACUCGGUGUAGGUUCAUCCUUCCACCCGUCGGACCUUCGACGCCAAUGUUCAUAGGUGAUGGGCAGUUGCUCCUUUCUUGCUCCAUCCUCACCGUGGUUCUCAGCCGAUCCCCUUCCUUGUUCACCUGGCCCUGCCCUCAUUCCUGCCGCCGCGGUCGCAAUUUUCGCCUGCCAGGCUUCUACCCAUGGCUUCCGGAGGAGGAGC